AUGGAUCUCUUUUCUCCAGCUUCUGAUAUGACUUCCCGUCGCAAAUCACUUCUAUGGCCAAUCAGGGGCCAUAAUCCCUUCCUGUCCAACACUCAGCGAAUAGAACAGCCAUCCCAGUAUUCGGUCGAUCGUGCUGCUAAAAGCCGGCAAACAAGGUCUCUGCAGCCGGGUGGAUUUCCGAUAAUUGGGGAAUGUUACAGCGAUCCAGCUCCUUCGGUUUGUUUACCUAUCAUCGUUAUGCAACGGCCAGAGGUUCUCACACUAUCAUACGAAAAGUUACCCCAAUAUCGUUCCUGCAGAAGAUCGUUCCGAUACGAGUGCGUUCCUCAGGACUCCCCGCGCUCCACGAAGCGACAGCGACAUAUUGAAGAUCCAAACGUUGAGUACUGGCUCAGCCACAGAUGUCAAGUAUCAACAGCACCUUUAAUACGAGACCCGAUGGAGUAUUUGCACGCGCGGCCGACAACUUUUUCCCUUCGCCGGACAAAUUCAAGCACCGGCUUGGAUGAACCAAGUGAAACUAGUUCACGUCCUAGGAACAAAUACGACCGUAGGAACUUUGAGACUUUUCUUCGAACCAAGGGCAGCUUCAUGGACGAUUAUUCUGAUGGUCUCAAAAACGAAAGCCUACAUUUAUGUCAAGAAUUGCUACAAAAUGACCUUAUUAUAGUCCCUCGAAAUACAGCGUUUGAUGACAGCAUAUUUUCAUCAGUAUGCUCAAAAUUAGAAAGCAAAAAUGAGACUAGGGUUGUACGAAUUAUAAGUGAACUUAUUGUUCCUUCAGCUGAUAUCGCAAUUUGUCGUGGCCAUGUCAAAUUUAAACACCUAGCUGUUAGCAUAAGUGAGGCCUGGAGUAACUCGGUCUCUCUUGAUGCAGACCCCAUCACCACUGAUCCGCCUUUGCAGUCUCAGCAACUUUUAAAACUUCUCUCUCGGUAA